AUGGCUAUCCCCACCGGCCUUCUCUUCGUUAUCAUCUCACUUCUGUCGGUGGCCGACGCCAGAAUCCCCGGCAACUACGCCGGCGGGGCAUGGCAAGGUGCUCAUGCUACCUUCUACGGCGGUAGUGACGCCUCCGGUACCAUGGGUGGUGCUUGUGGGUAUGGAAAUCUCUACAGCCAAGGCUACGGAGUGAACACGGCGGCACUGAGUACGGCGUUAUUUAACAAUGGGUUUAGCUGCGGUGCUUGUUUUGAAAUCAAAUGCACCCAAGACCCACGGUGGUGCCAUGCCGGAAGCCCUUCCAUCUUCGUCACCGCCACCAACUUCUGCCCUCCGAAUUUCGCCCAACCUAGCGAUAAUGGUGGUUGGUGUAACCCUCCUCGUACCCACUUCGAUCUCGCCAUGCCCAUGUUUCUUAAGAUCGCUGAGUACCGUGCCGGCAUCGUCCCCGUUUCUUACCGCCGGGUGCCAUGCCGGAAGUCGGGUGGGAUAAGAUUCACCGUCAACGGUUUCCGUUACUUCAACCUGGUUCUAAUCAGCAACGUCGCCGGCGCCGGUGAUAUUCAGAAAGUGUGGGUGAAAGGCACAAGGACCAACUGGAUGAGUAUGAGUCGGAACUGGGGUCAAAAUUGGCAGUCAAACGCAGUUCUGAUUGGUCAGUCACUCUCCUUCAGGGUAACAGCCAGUGACCGACGCACCACCACCUCAUGGAACAUCGCUCCGGCCAACUGGCAGUUCGGUCAAACCUUCACCGGGAAGAAUUUCCGAGUGUAAAACCAGAUCCUAUAUAAAUUUCCACUUUUUGUCGUCGACUUUUCUUGUCUUACUUUUCUUUAUCGGGGGGUGUAAAAGCUAAUAUGUCAAAAGAUGGAGGACCAAAGAUGGAAGGUUUUAAAUUUUUGGGGAUACUUAGGUUGUUAGGCUGAGGCGGCUGCAAAAAAAUGUUGCCCGCAUCUUAAAUCUUGAAUAUGUAUAAUCGUUUGUUUUCAUGAUCAUAUGAUUUUUGUCAAAUCUGUU